AUGGCCGCCGAGGAGGGAGCCGUGAUAGCGUGCCACACCAAGCAAGAGUUCGACACCCACAUGGCUAAUGGCAAGGAGACCGGCAAGCUGGAUAACCAGGUGAGGGUUGUUGAAAUCACCCUUAGUUAUCCUAAGGAUUACCAGGUGAUCAUUGACUUCACUGCUUCCUGGUGCGGUCCUUGUCGUGUCAUAGCCCCAGUCUUUGCUGAGUACGCCAAGAAGUUCCCUGGCGCCAUUUUCCUGAAGGUGGACGUUGACGAGCUGAAGGACGUCGCUGAAGCAUACAACGUUGAGGCAAUGCCGACCUUCCUGUUUAUCAAGGAUGGUGCGAAGGUGGACACUGUUGUCGGUGGCAGGAAGGAUGAUAUCCAUACCAAGAUAGUGGCCCUCAUGGGUUCUGCAUCUGCCUAA